AUGCUAAGCAAAGUCUGGAUUCCAGUUAAAAAAUGCUUCCAGCGUAAUGUGUGUACAGUUACCAGUUCGCAUUUUCUAAAAAAUUUUCCACCUACACAAUAUUCUAUGCUUUCUAAUGGUCUUACAAUUGCAACUGAAGAACGAUCAAGCUCCAACGUAUGCAUUGGUGUUUACAUAGGUAGUGGAUCCAGAGUCGAGGAUGAAUCGCACAACGGUUUCACACAUUUUUUUGAGCACAUUGCAUUCAAAGGCUCUAUGAAAAGAUCCAGAGAAAAUCUUGAAACCGAAAUAUCAAAAACAGGAGCAAGAUUCAAAUACUUUACAACUCGGGAGUUUACAGUAUAUUAUGCAGAAUGCUUAGUGCGAGAUUUUAAAUGCGUAGCAGACAUUUUGUGUGAGUCUGUCUUUAAUAAUGCCUUUAUCGGCGCUGAAAUAGAACAACAAAAACAUGUUGUUUAUCAAGAAAUGUUACAGCACGAUGUUAGCACGAAGAACACUUUAUAUGAUUAUUUACAUUCGACCGCAUUCCAAGGUACGCCAUUAGCACAAACCGUUAUGGGCCCUAGCAAAAAUCUAUAUAGUUUGCAGAAUAACUAUUUAUGUGAAUUCAUUACAAAAAUGUUCACCGCCCAAAGAACCGUUUUAGUCGCAGUAGGUGGCAUACCGCAUGAAGCUGUAGUAAGUUUAGGGCAAGAACAUCUUUGCAACGUUGACCCAUGUUGUUCUGAUGUUAUUAAUCUUGGACCAAAAAGAUAUACGGGAUCUGAGAUUAUUUACAGAAAUGAUUCAAUGCCAGUAGCGCAUGUGGCUAUUGCUGUAGAGGGACCAUCAUUUACUGAUGAAAAUAAAAUUGUAAUGGAUCUGGUUACUUCAUAUUUUGGAGGUUGGGAUGAAUCGCAACCGCGUGGCAUAAAUCAUGGAACGCGUUUAGCCCACCAAGCGUCUGUAGGAGGUCUCUGUGAAUCUUACAAGGCAUUCAAUAUCCACUACAAAGACACUGGAUUAUGUGGAGUUGAAUUUAUUUCACCAAAACUUGAAACAGAUGACAUGAUACUAACUAUACAAGAAGAAUGGAUGAGACUAUGUCACAUGGUAACUGAUAAUGAAUUAUUGAGAGCAAAAAAUGAACUGAAGUCUAAAAUAUUAACUAAAGUUCAGACCACAACUGGCGCUUUUCAUGAUAUUGGUCUUAAUGUCUUUCAAGCCGGAUAUCGACCAUCCAUUUAUGAACAAAUGGUAGCCAUAGAUAAUAUCAGUGCAGCCAGAGUUAAAAAUGUCUGCGAAGAAUAUUUCUAUGAUAAAUGUCCAGUAAUUUCGGGAAUAGGGGCGACUGAAGGUAUAAUGCAAUACUCAAGAACCAGAAGUUGGAUGUAUUGGUUAAAGGUCUAA